UCCUAUCAGUGUGAUGCUGGGCCGCUCUGGAGUGUACCGACCUGCCUGAGGCGCGGUACCGACGGGGAUCAUAUACUUACACUCGGUAUACUAUACCGAUACCACAGUACCUUAGCGUAGUAGAUACCAUAGUACAGACAUCAUGGGUUUCAACAAAAUUAUGGUCACCUCCGGUGUCAUCACUUUGCUUCAAGCUGUGGGGCAGUUGGUCUUCUCAUCAAUGUGCAUAGCGCAAUAUUUUUGCGUAAUCGACUUUUUGAGAGGACUGCCUCUUCUAAUCUACAUAAGAGUCCUUUACUUUCACAACCCUGUAGCAUGCGGACCAACAAUCAACAUCGGCCAAGCUAUCGACAGUAUUGCUAAUGAAGCCUUCGUUUUGUUAACCUCGGAACCGUUCACGGUGUUCAGGACUUUCAUCAUAAACUGCGUCAGCCUCGGCCUGAGUGUGUUUUGGAUGACCAGCAGUAUCAUCAUUAUAAUGGCUGGAGCCAGAGAUAACCAGACAAAAUGUACACGGUGGCCUUGGAUAAUACUCACUGCUGCCGUGAGUGGUCUCGACCUGGUAGCGACUGUCACGUACGCUAACGAUACAUUUCACACAAGGACUUUGCAAGAUAUGAUGAAUUUCAUCGGUGGCAGAGUAAGUGGAAUUGGAAAUGCUCAGCUGGACACCACAUGGACUGCUUGGGCCAUGGUUAUCCUCUACUCACGUUUCGUCAUUCUUUUUGUCAUUAACAUAAUUCUUAUUGUCAUCGUCAUUGUGGACUGCAAUGUGCAAAGAGAACCAAAAACUGAUAUCGCUACUGUAGAAGCUCCAGCGCCGGUACAAAUUGAAGCUGCACCACAAGUGCCAGUUGCACCUCAAGUUCCCGUCCAGGUAUCUACUGCAGUUCAAGCAUCUCCUCCUCCUCAAGAAACACCCCCGCCACCCGUGGUCACCGAGAGGGAUGCUAUCAGUGACAGAGAUGAAGAAUUAGCUAGCUUACCCAGCGAAAGAGUCACCACUAGAAUACCACGCGCUGGUCUUAGCCGCUCCUUCCGUCGGAUGAAAGCGUUCCUCUUCAGAAAGUCACCUUCACCUGAAAUUCAUACCAGAUCGAAUCCAGAUUCUUUCCAAAUAUCGCCCGAACGAUCACCCCGCACACACUACGUUCACCAGCAAGUUGACGUAGACCUAGACAAGAAAAGGACAGUGAAUUUCCCGGAGAGUCUACUGUCGUUGCCACAGCGCUUAGAGAAUAUAAUAGCAGAGCAGCAAAGACGCUUAGACCGUGCCACUAUAGACACCUCUGGAAGAAACAGCCCACCACGAGCUUCGCAGUCCAUGCCUCAUCUUGCAACCACUUCCAGUCAACCAGAGGGGCGAGGACGGCGUGGAACAACGGCCGAGCUCCAGGGCCAGCUUCCCUGGGCGUAUAUACCAGCGUCCUCGCACCGCAUGCGGGACCAACUCCCUCCGGACGAGGAUCUACCACCGGUCCCACUCCCAGACUACAACGCCAUGCAGCCUACUAGAAAAGCAUCCGUCCAUCGAGCGGCUUCCAGCUUAAGUUCGCUAACUCAAAAGAAAAAUUAUGUGACGUCACGGUCUGUGCGUGAGUAUUACACAUACAAGAAGACUUAAUCGCCAGUAAUUCCCCAUCGUUUUCAAACAGCGCUAAAUCAAUCCGACGUUUUGUAUUAAUUAAAAGAAUUCGCCACCAAGUAAUUUUGAGUUAGUACUGUUCAUAUAGCUGGUAUGCCAAUCUCAGAUCGUAGACAAAAUCCCUGAGCAACAAAAUUAAUGUGUUUUGAACUUAUGAGUGAUCGUUAUGAAUGAUGCGUGUUAUUGUAAUAUUUAUAAAGGUUUCUUAUUACUUAUGCAGGUUAUUGAUUGUUAUGUGAAUGUAUUAUCAAAGUCAGUAACUAACAAAGAAAGAAAUAUGGAAUUUUUGAAGAUAAAUUUAGUAGAAUUCGAAAGUAGGUAACUUUUUUGUAAAUAUUUAGACGUAAGUUCUUAUUUUAUAAUUAAUCAGAAUAAGUAAUUUAUGAAAAUACUUACUUUUAAGGAAAAAUAAUAACUGAUAUUGAAUAUAAUGCAAUAUCAGAUUAUUAUGCCCCUGAGCAGUGUUACCUAUGUUAGCAUGUGUUACGGCUAAAGUACUUAUAAAUCUGUAUCUACGUUAUUUACCAUCCAGUCAAUAUUUAUUAAAACACCAAAUUUUCGGUUAUGUUAGAACAGUUGCCAUUAAAAUGUUGAUUAAAGAUAUGAUAAAUGAUAGAGACGAGAUCGAAAUUAAUUGUAUUUCGUUUAAAAUAUUUUUGAUGCUUAAAUGAUUUUAAUUAAGUGUCUAAUCAAUAUGAUGAAUGAAUCACCUCGUCACCAACGUAAUGACGGCAAUAACCAAUUCUGUCUAUUGUGGUUAUUGUGUAUAAUGACUGGGGAAAAUGUUUAAUAAAUUUUUCAUUAUUAGCUGUAACAUAUGUACAUACAUUGUAGACCUAAGUACAACUUGCUUAUCUCAACGUUACUUGAGAUUAGCGUAAAGUUCUUAUAAUACUAUGAUUAACUUAUAAGUACCUAUAUUUAAUACUUACGCCUUAAAUUAUAAAUUGUACUUCUUACCAUGUAUCUAUAUGACAACUUGAAUUUUAUAACUUAUAUAGCAAUAAAUUUUG